CGUUUCUUUUCUUUGGAGGCUCGUUUCCUUCGACUGUGUCUUGUUCUCCCUUUCUCGGGGUAAUGGAACGCCAGUUUGCCUUUUGAACGCGGUUUGAUACUAGCGAUUCAGUUCUCUCGUUUUUAUUGAGGCAUUGAAUGUCCCUUCCUUUCUUUAGCGAUUCAAGCUUGAUCCUGUGGUUAUCAAGUCUUUGGUCGAUCACCCUAUCCGCAUUCUAUCAGACACUUGCUUCAAGCUGUCACCGUUCCUCUCUUUCGCUAUUCAAAGCCUCUUUUUCUCUCAUUCUUCACUCGAUCAGGGUAUCGAGCCAGUUAUCAUUCCUUUUCAGUUCUUAAUCAGGGGAUGAAAACAUUCUUUCUACUGAGCCGCAGUUCCAAGUUGCUUGAUGUACUACAAGCCCUAACCUCUCGUCAACAACAACACACGAGAUCCUGCUCAACACUUAACCCAAGGCUUGGCAUAUCAACAAAGUAACCAAAUGAGUGCACCAACUUACGGACCGGGUCCUCGUCCGUCCGGGGAUCUCGACAGGAAAGGGUCAGUCAAGCACGCCAGACAGUUGCUUGAGGCUGGCGUGCGUCCGGAACGAGCAUCGCCAUCCAACCAGAUGAGACAGUCACCCCUGCCUAGAGACAUUUCUCACCGGACACAAUGGCCUCUGCCUGACUCAGGCUUACCGCCAAAUCCAAUCAACCACCAUCCAAGGUAUUUGCUCCCACAAGGACCUCCUCCACAAAGACCGCCACGUCCAAGUGAGAUGCCUUCGCGCCAGAGCCAAAUUCCCUCACCGUCAAUCUAUUCAGAACGGGAUGGCCAGGACUCAGAAACAAGCUCAAACAUUACAUCACGGCCUCCCCGAUCUUUUUCACAGCUGCAGCCGCCUCCGCCGUUGCAACCUCGGCGGCCCUUGAAGGCCGAGCCUCCUGUUAGUCCCACUAGUACAGUCGACAUGACUCCUCGCAUCUCGAUUGCCACCGAUGACUUGUUCAGACAGUCGACCGCCUCCUCGACGGCUUCAAUUCCAGAUGUGCCACCAUUCCCUCCUCCAAUCCCACCGCUUGAACCCCAUGUUUCCCAAGAUCCUUUCCAGCGGACAGCAGGUCUGGUCGCGCCUCCAAAUGCUCGACGACCCCCUCGAGCUCAAUCGUCCGUGGCUCCCAUUCCGGAGGAUCUUCCCGAUCCCCGUUUCACCAAGGGCUCUUUCGCAUCCAGCCGAGCGAUCCCGUCUAGUUGGGGCUCUGGCCCUCCGGAAUCAGAGAUCCUGGGUGCAUAUCUUGACAUAGAAUCAGACGAUGACGAGCCUCGCCCAAGUCCCAAAGAGGAAAAUGCAACCCUUGUCCGAAGUGCUAGUCUUGGAAAGCGUGGGAAGCCAACAAUGCGCACGAUCCUCAAGUCUAAUCCUGCGUCUGUGGUUUCUAUUCCAGAUGCACCACCCACCCCAAAGGAGCACUCAAACAAGGCUGCAGUUGUAGACGCAGCCGCUGGAGUGGGAGCGGGAGCUGCCGCCAACCAAAUGCUCUAUCCACCAAGCAAUCUACGAAAGGCAUCUACAUCUACCGCAUCGAGUGACUCUUUGAACGGCAUUGACCCGGAAAAGCCACCCUUUACCCAGCGCGAACAACACAAUUCUUCGUACAGUGCUGCUCUACAGAAGGAGAUUGAGGUCUUCGGUGGGGAUCUGCCUAGAGCUGCACCUACUAUGAGCGAUAAGAGACCCGGAGGUCGCAAGCCCCCUGCUCUGAACAUGGGUGCGUUGCGGGAUGCAGAGGCUCGUGGAAGUCUUUCAAGCUUGUCUGAUUUGAUCCGUCGUGCUACGAAGCUUGCGUCGAACUUGGACCAUGGGAGGACUGCCAGCCGGGCUGAUUUGGCUGCAGGUGGUGAGACAGGAUUUAAGUCUGCGAUGGAUAUCCUCGCAUCCUUCCCUCCACCAGGCUUACAGACUCCCGAAGGCCGUGGAUCCUGGCCUAUCUUCUUCGGCCGCUCAAACCUGCGUAACGUCGAGCAACUCAACUCCAACGAUGACGAGCCAAACGCCCCCAAGCGCAAGAAAACCUGCUGCGGAAUGUCCCGCAAGGUCUUCGUGAUUCUCUGCAUCAUCAUCUUCAUCAUCGUCAUCCUUGCAGUUCUUCUGCCAGUCUUCCUUAUCGCCGUCCCUCGCGAAAAGGCGAAUAAAGACGCAGCCUGUGCAAACAGCAACCCCUGCAAGAAUGGAGGCAUUAGUGUCUCGAGUGGCAGUGAAUGCUCAUGCGUCUGCUCGAAUGGCUAUACCGGCUCGCAAUGCACCGUUGAGAAUGACGGUAGCUGUACCACUCACGCCAUCCUGAGCGGCACUUCGACCAAGAAUGCAACCAUGGGCAGCUCACUCGCGAAUUUGUUCGAUGAGUCUAAGAAGAAGUUCGAUAUCACUCUCGACGCCUACACUAUCAUGGCCCUCUUCAGCAUGAACAAUAUCUCAUGCAAGACGGAGAAUGCGCUAGUUGCUUUCAGUGAUGUUGAGACUACCAACAGUACCAGCAGUAGCAACAGCCGUCGUUCUCUCGACAUGCUAGCAGACUCAAUCCCAUCCGAAAAGAACCACGCUUCUUCUCCUCUCGUGACUUCCGGCCCAACGCCCGUCCUCGUAUCUCGCGCCGAAGCCACUGUCAACGGUAUCUUGUACGACGACGCAGCACCAAGCAUAUCAGCCACCAAACCAGACCACGCACCCGAUUCAACGGCCACCGGUACAGCCACCAAGAUCAGUUUCCAGCCCUCUUCAGCCACCGAGGCAUCUGCUGCCGCAUCUACUGCAACUGCGACGGCUGUUCCUUCAGAAGUGGUUGAGUUCUCCCAGGUUGCUGUGCUGUACAUUCUGCAGAAGACUGGCUCGCUCAAUUCGGCCAUGGCCUCUGGGGAUCAUAUCCAGGGAUAUCUAAUUGAUUCUUAUACGAAUGCCACCCAUCCUUCGAUGAAGGAGGGGGCGUUUACUCUGGACUUUAAGAAUCUGACCAUCACACUCCCUAACAGUACGGUGACGGCGCAGUGAGAGAUGAGGAAGAGGUGGAAAAGUUUGUACAUAGGUAGUGAGUAAUUGAUGUAAUAUAGGG